AUUCACAAGUCUGCGUAAUCCCAAACAAACCACUUUCUUCUUCGAGUUUCUUUUUCACAGAAGAACAUUCAUCAAUAAACAUGGGUAAAGUUCUUAGUAUUGCUGUCGGCAAAGCUAAAAGAUUUAAUGUGGAAAACAGAGCACAACGGGUCAUUUCUCAGGAAAAGCCAACACCGGCUCCAAAAUAUGAUGCAAACGUAAAAGAUCUUCAAAGAAUAUUGGAACAACAUCCUGAGAUUGUUGAUGAAGUUAAUAGAAAAAGUGCAGAAUUAGAUGAUCGACUUAAGAAAGUUUUCGUUACCUCAUCGGAAUAUGUCGAUCAAAGACGCAUAAUAAAUCCCGAGAAGCCUCUUCCAGUGAAUCGAAAAUAUGUAGAAGAUUUCGAGUUUGGUUUCAAAGAACCUGAGCCUGAAAAGGUGGCGUUAGGGAAAUGUACACUUCGUCAAGCGAUUCAAUUCUUAUCAGAUCAUCAAUUAGAUGGUGGAAAAUGGACAGCCGAGAAAAUUGCACAAGAAUUUAAGUUAAAACAAGAUAAUGUUCAAAAUAUUCUCGAUCAUUUUCAUAUGUUCAAUAUCCAUAUUUCAAAGAAAGAAGGAAAAGCAAAGAAAUAUCUUCUGGAUGAUUAUCGUGAACGAUCAGGGAAAAUUGAUGAAACAUUGAAAGGAACAAGAAAGUUCUAAAUUUUCAUUCUUAUUAGGUUGAAUGUAUUAUGUUAAGAUAGUAAAUUAAAGCGAAAAAAAAUUUAGAUAAAAAAAGA